AUGUCUAUGAUAUCAUGUCUCACCUGGGUGGAGAGGGGGGUUGCCAGUGCAGUACCCGACAAGGUUGAGUUGGAAGGCGAUGUGCUUGAAGCCUUGAUCGAACAAACACGCUCAGCAUCACUUGAGGAAGAUGAUAGCGAUGGAGAUGAUGACGAAGACAAGAACGGUGAUGAUAAUGCGCCAAACGACGGGGGUAACCAUGGUAGUACAGAUUCACAGGAUGAUGGAGAUAUGGAUGAUAUGAAUGACGCUGACAUGGACGCAAGGCAGGUUGAGAUGAACGAGAGUGAUGAAGAGAGUGAGCAAUUUGACGACGUAGACAGUGACUCGGACGAUGGAACGGCAACUGGUCGCAUGACUGGGCUGGGAGGGCUGAUUGUGCACACAUCGACCACUCAGGAUCCCUACAUAACGAGUAA